ACGUCGGAUAUCAUUUAAACCAAAUUACACCUUACAAAAGAAUCCUGUUUUGUGUUGCUGAUAUAUAUUGCAAAACCUAACGACGAGUGAAAUGAAAUUUUUUAAGCCUGACGUAAAAAUAUCGUCGACUUCACCACCCGAAGAAAUUUUAAACAGUCUUGCUGGAAGUACCUUAGACAGAGUCGCAGUUUUGAAUUCUGUACCACUACAUCUAAAUUUCACUUGCGCUGAUGGAAACGGUAGUCAGUGCGAAGACGCAAACGGAACUACUUGCGAAAAAUUCACAUUUUUUAAGGAGUAUAAAACUAUGAUUACAUUUACUGAAAAGUUGAAUCUGGUUUGUGAACGAGAGGUAUAUGCAGCCUGGAUAAGAAAUUGUUAUCGGGUAGGUUUGGCAAUAGGCUAUAUGUUGACUGGUAGUUGUGCCUCUAAAUUUGGAAUUAAAGUUACAACAGCACUAUUCGUAUCACUGCAUUGUUUUACGGGACUGUUGGUAAUUAGCGUAUCCAGUGAGGAAAUUUUGAUCUUUUUUAUGUUCUUCGCAGCUGUAUUUUCAGCUAGCAUUUUGUGUUUGCCUAGUAUAAUAGUGUGUGAUGCGGUCGGAAAUAAAUGGCGAACAUUUGCGAUGGGUGUUGUUUUUUCCUUCAGACCAGUGGGAUCCCUUGUUUCCCAAUUAAUACAAAACGCUUUCAAGAAUGUACAAGGAAUAUUAGCAACGGUUUCUGUUCUGCCUCUGAUUGUUUUAAUUCCUUUGCUGUAUUACAAAGAAUCUCCUAACAACAUGCCUCUAAUGACAGCAUAUUCUAAAGGCGAAAAAACACUUCGUGAAAUUGCAGAGAUUAAUAGAUGUCCUAUAUCUUCCAGCAUUAAAAUCCGACCGGUACAGAUAUUAAAUGAUAAUCACAUGCCGCAGAGGCCCACCUUUUGCGAAAUUUGGAAACCCGUAGGAACUAGACAUGCAUAUCUAGCUCUAGUUUACAUUUCUUACUGCAUGGGAUUAUGGAAUGGUAUUUUAUUUCACUACGCUCCUAAAGAUAAGGUCUUUGGUUAUUUGAACGCGGUGUGCCAGGGGCUAGGGUGCGUUUUAUGUAUAACUUUGAUGCAUUUUGUUCCCCACAGAAUAAUAAUUGGUAUUUCUGAAUUCUUAAAAUGCAUAUUUGUUAGUACACUACUCAUGUGUGGCGUUUAUUCUAUACUAAAUGAAAGUAUGUUACUCCUUUCACUUACAUUGUCUGCAGCUUUUGUAGAAUUCUUAUCUUUAACGACUCUUGACAAUAUAAUCCCCCGAAUGUUCCCAACAGAAUUAAGAAGUCUUGGUCUUGGAUUAUGUUUGGGUGUAUAUCAUUUAGCUCAUGCCUUAGAAGUUAUUGCACAAUUUUAUUAUAAACCGACCGCUUUCUAUGGUACUUUUUCGAUUUUGUUUUUAAGCUUCAUUUUGGAAAUGGUAGCAUGCUUUUGGCUUUGGAAUGUUCAUAAACGUGAACUCCCAGAUUUUUUGGAGGAUUGUGUCAAUUUUAAUACGUUCUACAAGCCCACCAGAUAUUUCAGCAUAUUAGAUAAUGCCAGUCAACAUGAAAUUGAAGUUAUACAAGUAAAUUUAAGCACUUCACCGAGAACAAAUCCACCCAAGAAAACUAAAUUCCGCAAAACAACAUGA